AUGGCCAAUUACAUUUCCAAGCAUUCUUUGGCCAGACUGGUCGGCCACUUUACCCAGAACGAUCUCUCGGGAGCCCCUGAAGGCUUCAAACCUCACCCCAAACCAGUUUACUUAAGUUUUGGAGUUCCGAACAGCGGCUUUUUCCCAAUUGAGUCUAUUCAUGCCACGGUGAAGGAUUACCCAUUUGAACAGAACGCGGGAAGCUCGUCAGUGGCCAACUCCAAUGGCACCACCAAUGGCACCACCAAUGGCGAUCACAAGAGCCUGAAGGAGACGAACGAGAGCUUCAUCACUACUCCUGCCCACACCGAUGAUCCCAAGUUGAUUGAUAUCGCUCGUGGAUUGCAGUAUUCCGAGGUCAAUGGUCUUACUCCGCUUUUGAACUUCACCAGGGAGUUUAUCACCAGGACACACAAACCUGGGUAUGAAGAUUGGUCGACUAUUCUCACUAGUGGGGCUUCAGAUGGGUUGCUGAAAGCUGCUGACGUUCUUUUGGAUCCAGAAGAUGUCAUCUUGAUUGAGGAAGUCACCUUUUCUCCCUUCCUUUCCAGUGUGAAGCACUUUGGAGGAAUUUCAGUUCCAGUGAAAUUGAAUAUCCACAAUGGUAGUGAUGGAAUUGAUUUGGAAUACUUGCUGGACUUGUUGGAGAACUGGGAAACCUUGAAGCCUAACUUGAGAAGACCAAAGGCUUUGUAUACAAUUGCAACCGGCCAAAAUCCAACCGCUUUGACACAAACUUUGGGUUUCAGAAAGAAGGUGUAUGCUUUGGCUGAAAAGUAUGACUUUGCUAUUAUUGAAGAUGAUCCUUAUGGAUACUUGACCUUGAAGCCGUAUGAAAAGCCAGCAAAGGAAGCAGAUUUGCAGAAUCUUCCUACUGUGGAAGACUACCUUAAGAACGAAUUAACCCCAUCUUACGUUACCCUUGAUACUAGUGGUAGGGUCAUUCGGGUGGAAACGUUCUCGAAACUCUUUGCUCCAGGGCUUCGUUUGGGUUUUAUUGUUGCACAUAAGAAUGUCAUCGACGCCAUUUCUAAGUAUGCUACGUUGGUAACGAGAUCACCAUCGGGCGCAGCACAAAUUGUUGUCAACAAUACCAUCCAAUUGAAGUUCGGGGGUCUUGAGGGAUGGUUGGAAUGGAUCGUCAAGAUGAAGGCCACCUAUUCACACAGAAAGAAUGUGUUGCUCCAGAGUAUUUAUGAAUCGGAGGCGUUCGAGAAGAAAUAUGUCGAUGUCAUUGAUUCAAAGGCAGGUAUGUUUGCCGUGGCCAAGGUGAACUUCCCAGAGGGUACCGACGUCCCUGCCAAGAUUAGGUUGUUACACUUCAAGUUCAUCAACUACGGUGUGAAUGUGGUUCCAGUUGUCAGUAUGACCGUUGACAAGGAAUUCAGUAAGGACAAGGCCAACUUCUUUAGAUUGUCGUUUGCACCAGCCAGUAACGACGAAGAACUUGCCGAAGGAGGUAGACGUUUAGCGAGUGCUAUUUACGACUUCUUCGAAAAAGGAUUAGAAUAUUAG